UAUUCCCUUGUAUAAUCGAAAAGAAUGUCUGCAACAAGUGAAUCUGUCAUCAAGACAGACCCUUCUAAGUUUUUAAGUAAUAUAAUUGGCAGCACCGUGAGUGUUAAGCUUCAUAAUGGUGUUGAGUACUUAGGAAACUUGCAAAGCAUAGAUGGGUACAUGAACAUUGUUUUGGACGAAACCAAAGAAUUUGUUGGUGGAAAGCCCCUGAACAAGAACUAUGGUGAUGUUUUCAUCAGAGGAAACAAUGUGUUGUACAUUAGCGAAGAAUAAGAGUA